AUGGGAUCCAUAAAAUGGUCGCUAACAGAGCACUUGCUCUCAACAUAUGCGGACGAGCAUGCGAGAGCCACACAGCAUCCAUUCCUCCUAGCCGCAGCCGAGGGCCGACUACCCAAGUCUAUCCUUGGCCGGUGGCUCGCCAAUGACCGGCUCUACAUCCACGCCUACAUCAAGGCUGCCGGAAAGAUGCUAGCGUCAAUCGACUUGCCCCAGACUCCUCCGCCACCCGGGACGCCCGGGGGCGAGGCGACAGAAACCCAACUGGCCGAUUGGCUAAUCGAGGCCCUCGCCGCCGUGCGCAAGGAGGAGCGCCUGUUCAUCGACGUUGCCGAACGCUACGAGCUUGGUGUCCACGGCAACAGCAACGCCAAGCUUGUCGGGCUCACCAUGAUCGAGGACAUUUUUGACGCCAUCCAGCUCCCGGGUGCUGCCGGAAAGAAGACAAGCACGGUCAAUACGCUGGCGGGAGCGAGAGCUACCCCAACCCUCCUCCCGUUCCUCGAGGGCGCUGUCACCUUCUGGGGGACCGAGCGCUGCUAUCUGGACGCGUGGUCCUGGGCCAAGUCGAAAGAGCCCCUGGCGAUGAGCCUGUCCGAGGACGCUGACGGAGGGGCGCUGCGGCGGGAGUUCAUCCCCAACUGGAGCAGCCUCGCGUUCUCCCAGUUUGUCGGCCGCUUGGGAGGCCUUGUCGACUCGGCCGUGUCGCAGGUUCUGGAGGGCGUGGCGGACGAGUCGGAAAGAAGCGCGAGGAAGGAGGAGAUCCUCGCCCGCGUCGAGGGGAAGUGGAAGCCGCUGCUUGCGGCCGAGGCGGCGUUCUGGCCCCAGGUCGAAUAG